AUGGACUCUUCACCGACCCAGGUGAAGGUCAUCUUCACCACCAACGAGCCCGACCUGCGGCUCCCCGAGUCCAAGCAGCAGCUCCUCGUGCCCGCCGACAUCAAGCGCUAUGGCCUGUCGCGCAUCCUCAACUCCGAGUCUAUGCUCGACACCUCAUCGCCCGUCCCUCUCGACUUCCUCGCCAACGGCACCUUUCUGCGCACCAGCAUCGACGAGUACCUCGCCACCAACGGCCUGUCGUCCGAGACCACCUUGACCCUCCAGUAUGUCCGCAGCUUGCUCCCUCCUGUCUACGAGGCGAGCUUCCAGCACGACGACUGGGUCAGCAGCGUCGACGUCUUGUCCGCCACGUCCCCGGCCGGUAGCCUCGCCGACGGGCCCAACGUCAACGAGCGGCUCGCCAGUGCAUCCUACGACGGGCUGGUGAGGAUAUGGAACCCCUCCGGCGAGACCGUGGCGACCUCAUCCUCUGGAAGGGCCGGCGGCCACACCCAGCGCGUCAACGCCGUCCGGUGGCUGUCGCCGACGCAGCUCGCCUCGGCGGGCCUCGACCGCAAGGUCGUCGUGUGGGACUACAGCGAGGCCGACGACGGCUUCUCCGGCUCCCUCAAGCCCAGCAUGGAGCUCUUUGGCCACGAAAAGGGCAUCAACAGCAUCGACGUCAACGGCUCGACGAGGCGCGUCCUUACGGCGUCGUCGGACGGCCGCAUCGGCGUCUGGACGUCGUCCAAGAGGGCCGCGCCGCAGGCCGAUCCCGAAACCCUCCCCUCGGCGCAUAGCAUCAAGCGCGCCAAGCUCUCCGCCGCCGCCGGCUCCACGGCCCAGCGCGGGCCCCUGGCCAUGAUACCCGUGCACAACGAGGCCGUCACGGCCGCCAUCUUCCACCCCAACGACGCCACCGUCGCGUACUCUGCCUCGCAGGACCAUACCGUCCGGACGAUUGACCUGACGACGCAACGAGAGGUCUCGCGGCUGACGACCAUGCACCCCAUCAUGUGCGCCGCCGCGCUGCCCACCAACUCGCUCAUCGCGGCCGGCACGUCGGCCCGACACAUCACCCUCCUCGACCCCCGCGAGUCGGCGGCCGCCACCGCCGCCAUGACCCUGCGCGGCCACGUCAACAUGGUCGUCUCGCUGUCGCCGUCACCCGAGAACGACUACUCGCUCGUAUCCGGCUCGCACGACAGCACAUGCCGCGUCUGGGACCUGCGCAGCGUGCGGCCCGGCAGCCUUGAGGAGGGCGGCGGCCGCGUGAGCGAGCCCGCCUACACCAUCGGCAGGGAGUGGCUGCAGGGCAAGAAGCUGCCGCCUGCCGGCGACGGCGCCAAGGUGUUGAGCGUCGUGUGGGACAAGACGUGGGGCAUCGUGAGCGGCGGCGAGGACAAGAAGGUCCAGAUCAACAGGGGGAGAGGGCUGCUCUCGUCAUAG